AUGAAUUUACUCUCCUGGAAUUGCAGAGGUGCAGCCUCAAAAUCUUUUCCAGCUAGACUCAGAGAUGUGCUUAGAGGAAAACAAGCUAAUCUUGUGAUCCUGGUGGAAACGAGAGUUAACGGUGUGAAGGCAGAUCGUAUAAUGAAGAAGUUGGGCUUCAACAAUUGGAUUCGAGUAGAAGCAACAGGCUAUGCAGGUGGUAUUUGGCUUCUGUGGAAUGAUGACGAAGUCAAUAUUCACUAUGAAUUUUCUACUACCCAACUUCUACACGUCCAAGUAUCUAUGGUAAAUUCAAAUCACUCCUUCUGGUUAUCCUGCAUUUAUGCUGAACCGUCUUGUCAAUUAAGAAUUGCUCUUUGGCAUGACCUCACUCAAAUUAGUAGCUCUAUGUCGGAGCCCUGGCUAGUAAUCAGUGACUUUAAUGCUUAUCUUUCUAAUGCCGAUAAGAAGGGCAGUGAUCACCUUAAUGUAACUUCCAUGAGACAGUUUAAUGAUUGCAUUCAACAAACCCAAUUGAUAGAAGUUGACUAUGUGGGGGACAGAUUUACCUGGGAAAGAGACAUACUGAAGGAGAGGAUUGAUUGGGCUUUCACAAAUGAUCUUUGGCUUCAGAGAUACCCUUUAACCAAGGUCCACCAUUUGUGCAAAUUCGGUUUGGAUCAUAGACCUUUGUUCAUCAGAAACUCACCAGAUAGAUGGGAAAGGCAACAAACUCCAGCCUUUAGCUGCCAAGCAGCUUGGUUUCUAGAGGAGGAUUUUAUCAAUGUGGUUGACCAAUGCUGGAAAGAGGGAAGUUGGAACGAGAAAAUCGCUUUAUUUACUCAUGAAGCUAGAGAAUGGAACAAGAGACGAGUGGGGAAUAUACCUGCUAAAAAAAAUAGCUUGAUGAAGAGAAUUGAAGAAGUAGACAAGAAGAGGCGACGAUGGGACAACCAAUAUCUUGCUCAGACAGAAAAGUAG